AUGUCGAGUUACGAAGACAUACAACGCCGAAGAAACCGACGCAGACGUCACGACGAACCGGACUCAGGCUGGGACACCUCGUAUUCCUCGAGGGCCACUGCCCAAAGAUCCUCGACACUGCCGCCUGGCAGGCCUGCCGACAUCUUCGCCGCUUAUAAUGCGCGUCGUUGUGGGGAUGCCCGACGCGCUGGUCCUGGAGGGUACAGUGACACCCACUGGCGGGCAGGAAAUCUGCAUCGACGAGCCAGCGACUCCUCUACCGAUGAAGAGAGUGUUGUCGGUGGUGCCACUCCCGCUGAAGGGGUCUGGGGAGACAACACGACGCACGCGGGAGGAACAGCCAGGCCCCCGAAAUUCGGCCUCCCCUCCACUACCAUUAUCACCACCAUCAUCAUCGUCGCCAUCCUGGCGAUCCUUGCUUUGACCUCCCUCACUGGCAGCAGCAACAGCCCCAACAACAAGCACGACCUCACCGGCAAAACGCCCGGCUCACCCCCAGGCACCCCCUCCCUCGACCAAGUCCGCUCCUACCCACCGAACAAGCGACAGGUCUGCACAACGCUUUACACCCUUCGCCUAACCACCCCCAACACGCCCACCCUCGCCCCCGACCCCUUCGAGAUCCUCGGCCUCGAUCCGACAUCGCCGCUCUUCCGGCCGCCCACCACGUGGUCCUCCUCCGCGCGCGCCGCCCACAUCCACGACGUCAACGCCGGGAUCACUGCGGCGUGGAUCGAGGCCGCGACGCCGUACUGGGACGGCAACGACGCGCAGGGCGUGUUCGGCGCCGUGGGGUCCGUGGGGCUUUCGGUGCAGCAGCUGCGCAGCAACGGGCUCGACGUUGCGGUUGGGAUCCGCACCAUCGACGGACCCCCGGCGCACCACCGCCACUCGGCUGCUAACGAGAAGGCUAGGAGGAGCGCUUGGUUGGCUGCCCUGACUUCGUCGGCUGCUAUGCUGCGCGACGAGGAUGCGCGGAAUCUGUAUGUUGGGGACUUCUUGCCUGCUAUGAAUGCGGCUGCUGAGAAGACGGGGCUGCGGUGGUUCUACGCGAGGUUGUCGCAGCCCUUGGUUAAGGAGAGGGUGUCGGAGGAGGUGCGCACAGCGAGGGAGGCGAGAUGGAGUGUUGUUGAGGCAAUGUGUGGUGAUAUUUGGGUGACGUUGUUUGCAGACCUGGAUAUGGAGGAGCAUUGA